GGCAGGGAAGGGAGACAAGCGAUAAGCGGCGCCAUUUUGUGUGUUCUCUGUCGGCGGCAGUUGGUACUUAAACCUCUGGUAAUCCGGCAAUGGACGGCAUUCUUACUGAUGUUACAGUUGGCAUAAAGAGCUCUUUAUUUCAGAUAUCUAGUGCUCCAUGAUAGUGCGGGGAUCUGACGAACUUUCUGGCACCAUUCUUAGCAGCUCAAACUCUGCCAUGAGCAGUGUGGUUGUUACUGCUAAUGGCAGUGACAGCAAGAAAUUUAAAGGUGACGAUAAGAUGAUUGGUGCACCGUCUCGUGUCCUCCACAUCAGGAAGCUGCCUAGUGAAGUUACGGAAACUGAAGUCAUAGCUUUGGGUUUACCAUUUGGCAAGGUUACCAACAUUUUGAUGUUGAAAGGGAAAAACCAGGCUUUCUUGGAAAUGGCUUCCGAAGAGGCAGCCAUCACCAUGGUGAAUUACUACACUGCAGUAACACCUCACCUUCGGAAUCAGCCUAUCUAUAUUCAGUACUCCAACCAUAAAGAGUUGAAGACAGAUGAUGCUUUAAACCAGCGUGCCCAAGCUGUUCUUCAGGCUGUAACUGCUGUGCAGACAGCAAGUACCCCACUUGCUGGAACUACAGUCAGUGAGAGUGCAGUGACACCAGCUCAGAGCCCAGUACUCCGAGUAAUUAUUGACAACAUGUACUAUCCAGUAACUCUGGAUGUACUUUAUCAGAUUUUUUCCAAAUUUGGGCCAGUAUUGAAAAUCAUUACUUUUACGAAGAAUAAUCAGUUUCAAGCUCUGCUGCAAUAUUCUGAUCCGAUAAAUGCACAGCAAGCAAAACUGGCUCUGGAUGGUCAGAAUAUUUAUAAUGCUUGCUGUACACUCAGGAUUGAUUUUUCAAAAUUGGUGAAUUUGAAUGUAAAAUACAACAAUGAUAAAAGCCGUGAUUACACCCGUCCAGAUCUUCCUUCAGGAGAUGGCCAGUCAUCAAUGGAUCCUGCCAUUGCUGCAGCAUUUGCAAAGGAGAGCUCCCUUCUUGGUACUCCUGCAGGAAUGAUGUCUAGUCCAUACAGUGGAGGCUCUGGGUUCCCAACCUCAUUAAGCUUUGCACAGACUGCAGCUGUUCCAGGUUCCCUGAGCCCGUUGGCUAUGCCUGGGCGUGUAGCAAUGUCUGGAGUUGCUUCUGCCAACCACAGUGUUCUUCUGGUUAGCAAUCUGAAUGACGAGAUGGUUACGCCCCAAAGUCUGUUUACCCUCUUCGGUGUUUAUGGUGAUGUGCAGCGUGUGAAGAUUUUAUACAAUAAAAAAGAUAGUGCUCUUGUACAAAUGACUGAUGUGAACCAGGCACAAUUGGCCAUGAGCCAUUUAAAUGGGCAGAAAAUGUAUGGAAAGAUUAUCCGUGUCACACUGUCCAAACACCAGACAGUGCAGCUACCUCGAGAAGGUCUGGAUGAUCAGGGAUUGACAAAAGAUUUUACCAAUUCUCCACUUCAUCGUUUCAAAAAACCUGGAUCAAAGAAUUUUCAGAAUAUAUUCCCUCCCUCUGCUACACUUCAUCUUUCAAAUAUUCCACCUUCAAUUACUGAAGAUAACCUCAAGAUACUUUUUACAAAUACUGGUGGCAAAGUCAAGGGCUUUAAAUUUUUCCAAAGAGAUCACAAAAUGGCAUUACUGCAAAUGUGUUCUGUGGAGGAAGCCAUUCAGGCACUCAUUGAUCUUCACAACUAUGAUCUCGGAGAGAAUCAUCACCUGAGAGUCUCCUUCUCCAAAUCAACUAUCUGAAAAUACCCAGAGAAAGCUUACAGUUCAAUUAUUUGAUUUUGAUUUUGUGGUUUGUUGUAGACUUGUUUCAGGAAGGUGGGACCACAGUUUAGCAAUUCCAGCUAUUGUCAUUCCUUCACACAUACAUUUGUUACACUGAAGUUUGGAGGAUGAGCAAUCACUAGAACGGCAGAGGAAAUUCAUUCAGCAACUGCUUGGGAUAAAAAUUCAAAACAUUCUUAUGUUGAAGUUUUUUUUAGAUAAUUCAUUCAUUUUUAGUUUUUGAAAAUUUGAAUAAUGUCUUUUUAUUUAGUAGAAAAAUACGAAGAGAAAUGUGCCUUAAAAGUUGAUAAACUAUUAAUACAAGUGAAUAUACUAUGAAAGUGAAGCUGGGGCCUUCUUUUGGGCACAUGGUUGGAGAAUUUAAGUAAUAGUUGGGAGUAUUGUGUAAAUGUUAGCACUAAGUUACAGUCUUGCUUGUUGCUGAAUAUACAUUUUGUAGAUGUUUGGAGUUGACAUUGCAAAUUGCUUAUGUGCAUUUCUAUUACCAUCUUUAGUUUGUAAUUAAGGACUGAAAUGGCUGUGGAUUUUUUGAGCAUGUGCAGUCCAGUCUAGCUAGUUAAUGAAAUUGGUGCAUGUGUCAUAGAAAGGCAAAAGAGAAAUGCUUCAAAAUAAGGAGCAUAAAGAAUAGUUUUGUGGCAGUUUUCUAGAAUGGACAACCAGGUGGGACCAAAGUUUAUGUGCCUUUAGUCUUAAUUUUACCUUGCAUUGUAAUAUUCAGUUUUAAUAAACCUCUUCAAAACAUUUUGUAUUUGAACAGAAGCAGACUUUAAUAUAAACAGUUCUGUAUCUUCAAAUAAGAGGAAUUGUAUGAGUAAAGUUCAUCACUUGAAGAAAGUCCAACAAUUAUAAGUGUUGUUAAAUUUAAGUAGUUUGGCCAGGAACUUUUCAGAUCUAUGUAUUAGCAUAAAUCACAUACAUAGCAUAUCUGAACUAUGUAGCAAAAAAGGUCAUAUAUAUUUUCUAUAUUAGUUACGUUUUUACAUCUUGAUCUCUAGCAAUGUAAAUCUCAGUAUAGUUUGAAAG